CCUAGGCCACGCCUCCAAGACAGCAGCCAAUCAGAUGAAGCUGUUGCCUUAACUAGGGGCGGAGCAAGGUGAAGGUCUUCCAUUGCGCCUGGUUCAGCCUUCUGCGCCGGCCUUCUUUCUCCUUUGGCUUCCGAGAAUUAGCCUCCAUCUCACAGGAAAUGCACAUCAGCCAUAGAAUAAAGCGGCUAUUGUAUAUGGUGCCUGGAAAGCAGCGCUUUGGCAUUUAUAGAUUUCUCCCUUUCUUCUUUCUUCUUGGAGGUGCUAUGGAAUGGUUUAUGAUCAAUGUUCGUAUCGGCAAAGAGACUUUUUAUGAUGUUUACCGCAGAAAGCAGUCUGAGAGACAACAUGAGAACUUGGAAGGAAGAUGAAUUUCAUGGUGCAUUGCGAUGUGAUGUGAAUUUUCAAGUGCUAAAUCCUACUAGCCUUCCAUUGUUGAAUUUUUCAGGCUGACUAUAUCUCAUCCUGCAGGAUAUAUUUUUUUGCAACCAGGCCUGAUGACAGAAAGUGCUGUUGCUGUGUCUUUGUUUAACUAGAGUUGCUUACGGGAUAAAGACAAUUCGCUACCUAUAUUGUGCUUUAGAAACAAUGGCUGUUAACUAAGGCAUUUAUUUAUGUAUUCAUCACUUUUUCAAAAUAAGAUCUCUUCUGCAAUCACAAUGUACUAUAUUAUUUCUAUUAUUAAAGAGAACACUUUGGUUAUGAAAUUGGUUGAUCUCGACAUAGGGACAUCAAGCUUUGCUGCAGCUAAUUCUUCAAAUGCUAAGGCAGGGUCUGUGGAAAAAAAUUAUCACAACCUAAGGGAGGUGUCCUACACAAGAAUAUAGGACAGUAUGUCUCAUAGAAGACAGAAAUAGGCUAUGUAACAAAACCAAAACCGUGCCGAAGAAUUAAUCUAGAUUUCAUGGUUUACAAGAGAGAACACUUUAGAGAUACUGGACACCUGGGCAUGGUUUAAAAUACCCUUUAGAGUAAAUGUGUAAUUUAAGAAAUUACUUUCAAUCUUUCCUCACUCCUAAAGAGAAAAAAAUCAUAGGAGUCUGACACUGACCUAUCAUUCACAAGAAAGAUGUAUGUUGUGAUUUCUUUGCGGAUAACAAGACUUAGAAGGGGAAAGACAUCUCAAUGGAUCAAACCUAGUUAAUCCAAAUUGAAUACUAUUUUUAUUCAAAUUAAAAAUCCUCCAAAAGACAAAGUGAUAGUACAUGCACAAUUACUACUAAUUACUUUACUCAUUGAAGUGUACAGCCAGGAGCAAAAAUGAGGCAUGGAUUAACCAGGUCCAAAGGCUUGUAUGAUGAAAACAUAAACAUAAGCUUAAAUAUUACACACACUUGCUCUUUAAGAAGGGAGAAUAUGGAAUAGCUUGUGAAUGGUUAAUCCCUUCCAAAGUAGUUUAGAAUGGAUGUAUUUUUCCACUUACCUGAGGCAACCAUUUCGCAUACGUUUAAUUUAAUACAGUGUGAGACUAUAGAAAACAGUGGGCUCAAAUCGACAAAAUACAUGGUUUGUUUUUGUUACAAACGAUUUAGAGUUAGAAAACACUUCAGUCAAUUGGUUGUGCAAUCCAGAAUUGCAGCCACCAAACCUCAAACCACCAUACAUAUUAUUGAAAUUCCCCCUGCACACAGAGACAUGAUUUUGGAAUAAAUAACAUCUAAGAUAAUUAGGGCCAGCCUAAUGGUCUAAAAGGAGUGCUCUGCACUUCCAUAAGAGGCCUCUUUUUCAGUUCUCAUUGUUUACUCCUGGGCUUUUAGAAGAUGUGAUGCUACCGUCAACUUAAAUAACUGGGAAAGACAAAACUGCAAUUCAUUUCAUCCCGAUUCUUCUGAACUACACAAAAUCCAAUGGGGGCAUCUCAUCCUGUUCUUCAGAAAUAUUUAUUUUUAAUAAAUAAAAAUAAAUGUAUGCUAGGCUCUUUGGUGUAAUCUUUGCAGUACCUUAAACAAUGAGAUUGUAUUAACAAAAGUCUAUGGUGGUUCAAAGUGCUAAAAAGAAAAAAAAACCUUACGUUCAAGACAUGCUGCCAACUACUUUUGAAAGUUGCAACGUGUGAGGAAAUUUAAACAAACUGGCCAAAUUCAGAAUAGCACUCUCACACCCACCAGGAUUGAGCCAGUUUUGUGUUGAAUGUUGCUGCACAGCUAGCUAAGCCAACUCCAUGGGUACAAAGAGCUGGUGGUAGCAGUGUUUCUAUGAGGUUUCCAGACAUAGCAAAAAUAAAUUGUGUACCACCAACUGCAGAAUGCAGAAGAUCCCCUGUAAUAUUAAUUGAGGUACUACCCCAUCAGAAUCUCUAAUAGUUUUGCUUGUACUUUUUGGGGCUAUGUUUUAUCACCACCAUUACAACGUAUGAUUUGAACAGAUCCAGAGGCAUCAAAUAUAUUUCUAUUUUCUGGAUUUGCAUUAUACUGUGAUAGAACUAUGAACAGAUAAACUGAAAAAAUCCAGAAUAAACUUGUUUUCCUAGUGAUCUGUUCAUUCCCCGAAGCUAACAGAACAACAAUCCUUCAUCUAGUUACCUUGUAAUUAAACAAGCUAUCUAAAACAUAAUUUUUCAUUCAUUAAUGUACGUUUUAUGUAGUUGAUUGGUACAUUCCUCUCUAAAUCUGUUUGAUUCUUAAAAAUACAUUGCAUCCCUCAGCUUUUUCUGAAGCUGUAAUUUUUACAAAUGAAGACUUUUGUCUAUAAGCCACCAAUCAUCUCCAAACAGAGGAAGGCUUUGAAUCUGGAAAGUUAUACUAUGUACGUAAGCAGAAAACCAGAGAAUUACACAAAUUCAGGAGCUAGGGGAAACCUGUUUAAAUGAAUGUAAAAACUGCAGUAGACAUAACUAUGGGCCUUUUAUGUUUUAAGGAAUUAGCCUAGAUUGUAACUGUAGCUAUUAGAGAUACCUUAAGACUGUGAUCCCAAGUGAUUGGGGGGUAAGUUAUUUCAAAACUUAAGUGACUGUCUAAAUAAAGAAAUGCACAAUUAGGGUGUAUGUAACUUCCCUUCUGUCAACAAAUGUGUUGAAAUAAUUGCAAUCCAUCCAGAGUAUGUUGGUUAACAUACUCAACAGAUGAAGUACAAUAUUUUCCAUGUGAGAAUGUUUUUUGGAAAAGGCAAAUUAUCAAUCAGUCUCAAAUUACUAAUGUAACAUAUAUUUCAAGAUGGAAAAUAUGCUAGUAACCCUUCUAUAGGCCCUAUUUACUGUCAAAGAUCACAGUUUAAAACUAGUACAUUUGCAAAAGUAACUUAAAGCUGAAUAGAACUAUGUCCAAUUUUAGUUCCAGUGAUAGAAAUACAAAAGAAUCCUAGAUCCUGCAAUAUUUAAGAAACACGUUUCCCCCCCCCCCCC